AUGGCUGCUAAGUUGAUUGUGUUCGCUGCUCUGUUCGGGCAACUGGCACUCGCCUACCCACCAUCGGUCAUCGAGCACAACGGUUUCGAGACGAACCACUACGACGACGGCCACUACGCCCAAGCACCCACACCGUACCACUUCGAGUACGCCGUCAACGACCCGCACACCCACGACAUCAAGAGCCAUCACGAGUCCAACGACGGACACGGAAACGUCAAAGGCUCGUACAGCCUCCUGGAAGCUGACGGUUCCACCAGGGUGGUCACCUACACCGCCGACCACGAACACGGUUUUAACGCUGAGGUGAAGAAAAUCGAAGCUCCCUCUCACCAUCAUUACGAAGCACCUCUCGCCACCAGCUACCACGAGCCAAUCCAUCAUUCGUACAAACCGUACCAAUACUGA